UAUGGAUCAGACCAGCGGAGUUUUGACUGGAAGGUGGACGACCAGAACAGUGAAUUGUAGGACAUUUUCAGCCUAAAAAGCUUUAUUAGGAUAUGUAUUUUCCUGCUCAGUAGGCUUAUAUUUAUUGUAUUGUUCUGGGCUCUGUGCUGCGUGUUUAUACAAAGUUAGCGAACUUGUGUGUUUUUGAUUGAUUAGUCGGCGCGCAUUAUCAGCUCAUUCAUGGCUCUGAUAGUGACCGAUCAGGGCUGCAAACUGAACGGGACCUCGGCGAUUUACGGCCGAGCUGGACCAAGAAAAGAAGUGUAUCAAGGCAACACGGAGGGCUUUAGAGCCGCCAAAGUGCACCCUAAAGAGUCGGACUAUUCAACAGAUGGCCUGCCCAAAGCCUUCCUGCACAGCCUGAGGACCCUGUUUGACAUUUUGGAUGAUAGUGGCAGAGGCUAUGUCCACAUUUCAGAGAUAGAGACCCGCUGGCAGGGGGCAGACACCCGGGACCUGCCCGGCGGGGUGCUGAGCUGCCUCCGGAGGGUCACCCCACCGCAUGGCUGCCUCACCUUUGAGCGGUUCGUCGCGGGGCUGCGCUACUCCAUGCUCAACCCGGAGCACAGCGCCCACUUCAAGGCCCACGCCGCCGUGCACCCACAGCAGGCUCCGCAGCAGAAGCCCGCCCCGCUGUCCACAUGCAGCGUGGGGACUCGGGUGGAGAACAAGGUCCGUCCGCUGGGGCCGAGCAACGUGACCAACACCCUGCAGCACCGGACCUCCUCCCUGCAGAGCCGGGCCAGGCUGGAGGAAGCGCCCGGGUACCCGGCGUGUGGACCGGUGCGGUACCCAGCGGUCUUUGAGAGGCCCGUGCGGGGUUUGGAGCAGAACCCAGGGGCUCCGGCGGCCGGGGGUUACCGGGCCGAACCGGGCCAUGCCCCCAAACCCACACAGCCGCAGCAGAGCCGGGUCAGGUCCAUUGAGUCUCUCGCUCUGGAGUCGCCGCAGCUACAAGGAUCAAGUGUUGGGAAUUCAGGUCUACCAAGAUCCCAGAGCGAAUCAGCAUCAGGAUUUACCGGCGUCUCCAGGCGACAUGGGCGAGGUCGGGAUGAGCAGAGGAGGCAUACCAUAUCCAAUGGAGUGGAUUACGGAAUGUUGAAGCAAAUGAAAGAGCUGGAGCAGGAGAAGGACUCUCUGCUGGCGGGCCUGGAGGUGGUGGAGCGGGCCAGAGACUGGUACCAGGGCCAAAUCCACAAUGUGACCGAGAGGCAGAGGCAGGUCGGCCAGAACUCCCACUGCACGGAUUUCUUCACAGAAGCUAAUCAGAGUCGCAUGAAUGUCCUAAUACCCAAAUUGCAAGAAGUCAACCGCUGCCUUAAUGACCUUAUUUCCUGCUCUGGGAUGCAGUCAUUUCCCUCCAGCGCUGCUCAGACCGCCGCUAACCCGCAGCCCCCGGCUCCAGCUCCCCCACAAGCCAUCCUGAGACUGAAGGAUCAGAACCGACUCCUCACACAGGAGGUGACGGAGAGGAGCGAGCGCAUCACACAGCUGGAGCAGGAGAAGUCGGCCUUGAUAAAACAGCUUUUUGAGGCCCGAGCCCGCAGUGCGCAGGACACCAGCACCAUGGACUCCACCUUCAUCUGAAAACAGAUACACUCCACCCCAAACUAUAGCAUGUUAAGAACCAGCUAAGAAUUUCCAUGACGCUGGUCCCAAGCUACCUUUGAUAAGACUGUCAGCUGACUGUUGUUUACCCGCAGUGAUGCAGCUUUUAGCCAUGCCACGCCCACACCCUGGACUGCAGCAUGCAACCACUCCACCCCAAACCAAACCAUGCACUACCUAGAUGUGAACACUCCAAGAAAACCUGACCCGAAUGACUUGACUCGAGAUUUUUACUCACUUCCUUUCCUGCAUUAAAGGUCCCAUGUCAUGCUUUUCCGGUUAUUACCCAUCCCCUUGUGUGUUAUGAAGCCUUGUAUGCAUGUAAACGGUCUGCAGAGUCAAAAACCCUCAAAGUACACCCUGUAGCGAGUAAAACUCUAAGACCUGUCCCAGAACGCCUCGUUGGAGAUUUUUCUUUUUCCAUUUGUUUCUUCCGGGAACCAAGUGACGUAACGACGACCCAAUGGACCAACUGGUUCAAAAGUACCAAUCCGCGGAGCCGUUACGUUAAGACCAAUCCGCGGACUUCCUCACACACAAUCUUUUCUCAGGCAGCUGCAGCUCCACGGAUUUGCGUGAAUACACAUACUAUACAGAGAUACUGUAUUAGAAACCAAUGUGAGUUUGGAAAAUUGCACAAUGUAAAUCUAUUCUAGUAUACCUCAACAAUGGAAUUAUGAUCAGUAGAAAUGGCCAUGUCAUGGGACCUUUAACACUCCAACUAAGAUAAAAAGACUGGGAAAAAAAAUCCAGUCGAAUCUCAUACCAUCACUCCCAUUGUUGUAGGAUUAAAGCAUCUGCAGAGAUCUCCACUCUUCUUUAAAGACUGCUGUUUGUGUGUUCCUGCAUGCUACUUGACUAUACAGGCAACAUCAAAUCAUUAACUUCAGCGGGGGAAAAAAAAGGGCAUGUUCUUACUGUUAAAUAUGAAAAUCACCAGCUGCAUCUGCUUGCUAUGACCUAUCAAUUACAUUUUUGUUAGUUUGGAACUUUGAUUGAAAUGAUAAUAAGAUACACUUUGCCCAAUGUCUUUCAGUAUUCCUUUCCUUUUAACGUAAAUGAUUAUGUUUACCUGACAUUGGCUUUCUGGGUUUUUAGCAUGUUCCAUUUGAAACACUGAGGGACAGGGAUUACUGAAAAUAUUUGUUUUAUAUAUUAUAGAAGCAUGUUUACUGUUAGGACCUUUGGUGAGUUUUAAGGAUUUUCUUUAAGAUCGAAAAGAGAAAAGAUGGGAGGACAGCCUACAAGCCAUUGAGAUGUAGAGGCAGAGGACGAGAGAAGUUUGGAAGUUUGCACGUAGACGAGAACUGAGGAAGACAAACAUGGCAGGCGGUGAAUGUGUCGGGGCCCGAGCUCCGUGGUUGGGAGAUCUUCUGAUUUAGAGUCAGAAACUAAAGAAAAUCACUUUGGCUACCUAGUGCUAUAACCCCUGUAUGUCUUUACAGUGAAUUAUUGCAUGGCUCAUAUUUUCAGCUAAAGAAUAUUUAUCUUUUGAAGAGAUUUCUGUUUAAAACUUUGAGAUUAGCACAGAGCUAAAAAACAGUUUUGUCCCUGUAAAUUCCCCUCUUUACCAGGAUUGGUUGACUUUAGACUAAAAGUAUAAAAAUAUUCGGCCAUCCACAAAGUUUACUUGAGAAAUAUUUAGUUAGUUGGUGGCGGUAGAAGAAAAAACAUUGUAGUUUUAUAAUGGAUCUGUACGGUACUGCUGGGAUGUCUGCACAUAGCAUAUUGUUGAUGUCUGUUUCCCACUUGUUUGAUUGUAUGUUUUUUGCUGCUCAAGCUACAUUAUGUGUGAGUGAAACUCUUUUUCUUCAGCUUCCUAUCAAAACUUCAGAUGAAAUGUUAAAUAAUAAAUAUGACCAAACAA